UCCUCGUGAUGACAGCUAAUGACAGCGCUGCUCGCUCCUGCAGAAAGAAACCGAAGGAACCAGUGUGAGACCGCUCAGCGCCAGCUAACGACUCUUCUGACUCGAGAAAUCUGAUGAUCAGCUGCGUUCAGAGAACUCCCGAACAACUGCUGCAGGUUAAUUACGUUUGUCACUGACCCAUCUGCCUGUGUGAGCUGGUGAAGAUGGUGAAGCCAGACAUCCACACUCUGGCCCACCACUUGAAGCAGGAGCGGCUGUAUGUGGCGUCAGAGAAGCAGCUGAUUCAGAGGCUCAACAGUGAUGUGCUGAAGACAGCUGAGAGGCUGUACCGCGCUGCAUGGAUCGCCAAGCAGCAGAGGAUCAACCUUGACCGUCUCAUUCUUACCAGUGCGGAGGCUUCUCCAGCUGAAUGCUGCCAACAUGCCAAAAUGCUGGAAGAUACACAGUUUGUUGAUGGGUACAAGACUCUGGGCUUCCAGGAGACCAUCUAUGGUGAGUUCUUGGCCAGGUUGAGGGAGAAUCCCAGACUGGUUGCGUCCUGCCUGGUGGCGGGAGAAAGGCUAAACCAGGAGCCCACCCAGGGCGUCAUCCACACAGUCUUCACCUCACUUUAUGGCAACUGUAUCAUGCAGGAGGAUGAGAGUUACCUGCUACAGGUGUUGCGCUACCUGGUGGAGUUUGAGCUGAAGGAGAGCGACAACCCUCGCCGGCUACUCCGACGAGGGACCUGCGCCUUCAGCAUUCUUUUCAAGCUCUUCUCCGAAGGCCUGUACUCAGCCAAGCUCUUCCUCACUGCCACCCUUCAUGAACCCAUUAUGCAGCUGCUGGUGGAAGAUGAGGACCACUUGGAGACCGACCCAGCCAAGGUGACGGAGCGCCUCACCCCAGCCCAGCAGGAACGCUUCGGAGAGAAAGGCUCCGAGGGCUACAAGCAAAGGGUGCAGGCAGCUGUGGAGGCGAACGAAGCCAAGCUGGUAGCUCUGGUCAACAAGUUUAUUGGUUACUUGAAGCAGAACACCUACUGCUUUCCUCACAGCCUGCGCUGGAUCGUGUCCCAGAUGUACAAGACUCUGUCGUGUGUGGAGCGUCUUGAGGUUGGUGAGGUGCGCACCAUGUGUACGGACCUGCUGCUGACGUGCUUCAUUUGCCCAGCUAUAGUCAACCCAGAGCAGUAUGGUAUUAUCUCAGACGCCCCCAUCAAUGAAGUGGCUCGCUUCAAUUUAAUGCAGGUGGGGCAGCUUUUGCAGCAGUUGGCUAUGACUGAUGAUGAUGCAGACCCAAGGCGGAAAAGCAGUUUGUCUAAGUUUGAUAAGAGUUGUGUUGCUGCCUUUCUGGAUGUGGUGAUUGGAGGACGAGCAGUUGAGACUCCACCCAUGUCCUCAAUGAACCUCCUUGAAGGACUCAGUAGGACUGCAGUCUAUAUUACACAUAAUCAGCUACUUGCACUGGUGGACUUUGUUCGGAGUGUGAUGGCAGGGGACCACCUUCGAGAGGAGGAGCACAUGGCCUUGGAGACCCUGCUAGCCAAUGUGCCCCAGUCCCGAACUGUGAAGAGCAACAGUCUGGAGCUAACUCCUUCCAACACCCCUCAGCUCUCCCCAGCAACCACUCCUGCCAACAAGAAGAACAGACUACCCAUAGGACAACACUUAGCCGCUAUAACUUCCUGGGACCCCACAACCACCACUCUGUCUGCUCACAUUCCAUUAGUAACCCCUUUUGCAGCUGCUCGGAGCCGCAGCCGUACCAACAUAGCCCAGGAGGGGGAGGCAGAGGCCAGCUCCCAAGAGUCCAUCCAGGAGCUGAUGCCAGAGGAUGUGCUGGUGAUUUCACUGGGAACUGGUCCUCAGACAGUCCCUGGCAUGAUGUCAGAGAAUGAGGUUUUAAACCUUCAGCUGGCUGAUGGAGCACAGGGCGAUAGCCAUGCUGAUGAUACCAAGCUGCAUGGUAAACCAGACAAAACCUUGCGCUUCUCUCUCUGCAGUGACAACUUGGAAGGAAUCUCAGAGGGUCCGUCCAAUCGUUCUAACUCCGUCUCAUCACUGGACCUGGAAGGAGAGUCUGUUUCUGAGCUUGGAGCUGGACCAUCAGGGAGCAAUGGGGUGGAGGCUUUACAGCUUUUGGAGCAUGAACAGGCCACCACACAGGACAACCUGGAUGACAAACUGCGCAAGUUUGAGAUCAGAGAUAUGAUGGGCCUGACAGAUGAUCGGGACAUCUCGGAGACAGUCAGCGAAACCUGGAGCACUGACGUACUUGGCAGUGACUUUGACCCAAACAUGGAUGAAGAUCGGCUGCAGGAGAUAGCAGGGGCAGCUGCAGAGAACAUGCUUGGCAGCCUGCUGUGUCUUCCUGGCUCGGGUUCAGUUCUCCUGGACCCCUACGGCUCCACCAUAUCAGAGACCACAAGCGAGGCCUGGAGCGUGGAGGUCCUGCCCAGUGACUCAGAAGCGGCAGACCUGAAGCAGGAGGAGCGUCUGCAGGAGCUGGAGAGCUGCUCUGGGGUUGGCAGUACCUCAGAUGACACUGAGGUCAGGGAAGUCAGCUCAAGACCCAGCACACCAGGUCUCAGCGUUGUCUCAGGUAUCAGUGCAACCUCAGAAGACAUCCCCAACAAGAUCGAAGACCUGCGGUCAGAGUGCAGCUCAGACUUCGGAGGGAAGGACUCUGUGACCAGUCCAGAUGGGGAGGAGUCAGGCCACGGUGCACACCACUUGACAUCUCCACCUUCACAGGCUGAUUCCUUACUGGCCAUGUUUGAUCCCCUCUCCACUGGUGAAGGCUCUUCCACUGGAACAAUAGUGAGGCCCAAAGUGCACUAUGCCAGGCCCCCUCACCCUCCCCCUGAUCCUCCGAUCCCUGAGGCCAGCGCCCUGGGGCCGGAGACUCGCCACUCACUCUUCACGCCCCACUGCUUGGCCCAGGCUGAGCUGGAGCACACCAAGCAGCGGCACUCCUUCCCCGACAGGCUGGUCCGUAGCCGCAGCUCUGACAUCGUGUGCCCAGGCCGCCGGCCCACAAGCGACCCAGGCUUUAACCGGAGGGUAGCAGCUGAAGAGCGUGACCCCGCCGGGGCCUUUGCCUUGGGACCAUCGUCAUCCCCCAGCAAGGACUCCCUGAAAGGAGAGGUUGAGGACAGGAAAGACAGUGAUGAUGAGAAGUCUGAUCGCAACAAACCCUGGUGGAAGAAGCGUUUCGUGUCAGCCAUUCCCAAAGUGCUGUAUUGGACGGCUGAGAGUGAUGUCCCAGCUCCUAUAGCAGCAUUUAGGAAGAGAGACAAACAAGAGAAAGAUGACGUCGCCCCGGAGCGUAUUCCACAAGAUGACCCAGUGCCCAAGCAGAGCUCUCAAGCCCAGGCAGCUGAAGACAUCCUGGACAAGUACAGGAACAUUAAGAGGACCAGCCCGAGUGACACAGCUGGAGCCUCCUACGAUCCAGGAGAUCUUUGUGUCGAGGACAGCGUGCACGACUCUCCUAGAGAAGACACUCUGCAGAACAUUUCCACAGAUGACCUCCCAGACUCAGCCAGCCAGACGGCACAUCAGCACGACUCCAAGUUCUCUUUCAGUGAUGCUAAGAAGAAGUUGAGGUUGGCGUUGUGUUCUGCAGACUCGGUGGCCCUCCCCAUCUUGGCGCCCGCGACCACACGAAAUGGGCUACCGGAUCACAUGGAUUCAGAGGACAACGAGAUCGUCUGCUUCCUGAAGGUCCAGCUAGCAGAGGCCAUCAACCUUCAGGAUAAGAACCAGAUGGCCCAGAUCCAGGAGACCACGCGCUGCGUUAGCCGCUUUGAUGCACGGACCUGCAGGAAGCUGCUGGCUGCCAUUGCGGAGGAUUACAGAAAGCGGGCACCGUACAUAGCCUAUCUGACCAGGUGUCGUCAGGGCCUGCAGACCUCUCAGGCUCAUCUGGAGAGGCUCCUCCAGAGGGUGCUGAGAGACAAGGAGGUGGCGAACCGCUACUUCACCACUGUCUGUGUUCGCCUCCUUCUUGAGCAUAUGGAGUCCAAGAUGCUUGACUUCAUUAAAGCGUUCCAGGGGUGCACAGCAGCUGAUGACAAGACAGCAGCAGUGGAGGAUUUUCUUCGCUACUUGUACGGUGCCAUGGCCCGUGAUGCCAUUUGGCAGUACGCGAGCGAGGACCAGCUGCAGGAUGCCCAGAUGGCUAUCGAGCGCAGCGUUAUGAACCGCAUCUUCAAACUGGCCUUCUAUCCCAAUCAGGAUGGAGAUAUUCUCAGAGACCAGCUUUUCUAUGACCAUAUUCAGCGGCUCUCAAAGGUCGUGACGGCAAAUCAUAAAGCUCUUCAAAUCCCAGAGGUUUACCUGAAGGAAGCUCCCUGGCCCUCUGCACAGUCUGAGAUCAGGACCAUCAAUGCAUACAAAACGCCACGAGACAAGGUCCAGUGCAUACUGCGUAUGUGUUCCACCAUCAUGAAUCUGCUCAGUCUGGCCAACGAAGACUCCGUCCCUGGAGCAGAUGACUUUGUCCCUGUCCUUGUCUUUGUCCUCAUAAGAGCAAACCCGCCCUGCCUGCUGUCCACCGUUCAGUACAUCAAUAAUUUCUACGCCAGCCGGCUGAGUGGGGAGGAGUGCUAUUGGUGGAUGCAGUUCACCGCGGCGGUGGAAUUCAUUAAGACCAUCGACGAUCGCAAGUGAAGCAGAACAGCCACCUGUAUGGGCAGACUGCGGGGGAAGGAGCCGGGAGACUGGGAGACUUCCCAACCAACUGCUCCCUCUGCACAGCUUAUAAAACCUGGCCCUCAGCCUGCUCUUUAUUUGUAUAGCUUGUACAUAGCCAGAGACAUUGAACGAUUACAAAGUAUAUAUUACUGUACGUAUGUGGGCAAAUCCAGGUUUUAGCCGUAGCGAGAAAAAAAAAACGGCCUUGGGGAAAAAUUGGCAACGUAUUAACCUGAUUUGAAUUUUUUUUUUUUUCAUUUUAUCUUUUUGUCUCUUCAGUCAGGUUUCCUUUUGGGAUCUGUGUUAGGAAUUUUAUAUAUACACACAAUUAUCAAUGUGUCAUUAAAUCAACAUAAAAGAUAAUCCUAUAUAAAGGGACCAGACUUCCUUCAUGUGAUCACUGACCUUUUAUUUCCCCCCGGGUGAGAGGGAAGGGCUUCCAAUUAAAUUACGAUAUAAUGUUUAUUAAAUGUAUUGUGAUACGGGGAUUUACAGUGAGUGAUAGUUACAGAUGGGAUUUAGCGAUUCAUAAACACUGAGAUCAAUUUACAGCUAACCAUGCCGCUCACGUGGUUAGCGCAUCAAACAGUAGGGCAGCUUAUUUCAUGAAUUGUUUACUUCAUCCUAUUCCCAGACACGCAUCAAUUUGGACAUAAGGGCCCACAUAUUUAUAUGAAAUAAAAUGUAUUUAUUUCUGUCAUCCUAUUUAAUUCUUUGUUUAUCUAACUUUUUUUUUUUUUUUUUUUUUUUUUUUUUUAAUGGAAAAUGCAUAUCGUGGCCAUUCAAGAUGUCUGGGGCAAGUGAUGUUGAAUGAACUUGCCGGAAAUGUUAGGAAAGGCACCUUAGCAGUGAGUAGCCCUCAGAUGGGGAUCCUCAGAUGGAUUGAGAAAUACAGGGUCGGCUCAUGCACAGAGUAGUGGUGGCAUUUGUGGAAAUAUUGAAAAUAGUGCCUUUGAUGUGGGGCGCUCUGUACAGGUAGUUAUUCUUGAUUUUUUUUUUGUUUGUUUAGUUUUUUUUUUAAUCAAACAUAGGCAUUUCCCCCCCACACAUACACUCCGAUGGGCCAACCACGUCUCUCUGAGAAACCUUUGUCCGGCUCCCGCAGCGGCCGUCGUCACGCCGCCGAUUGUCGCGGCUCAGUCCCUUUAAUGCACUUGAGUUUAAACAAAUAUCCCCUUUGGUAUUCUAGAUCCUACCUCAGAGUUGAAACCAAUGAGCCUGAUAUCAGUCUGUACACAGUAACUGUCCCGCAUUGGUUGACGACGAGAGCGCUGGGUCGUUGUUGCACUGGUCCAGAAUGGUGAAACGGCGACGGGGAGUUGAGGAAGUGCAUUGACCUGCUGUGAUGCUUGUUGCGGUCACGUCACCCUUAAUUAUAACGCAAGCCUUCGUUAGCCAGCUGAGACAUUUUUCGUUCCGAAUACCUGAGACGCCACAUGUAUCCUCGUGGUCAGACUAGUGAACUAUUACGUAUUGGUUCUCUACCUCCUCAUAAGUUCAAGAAAGGGACUCGUGUUUAUGUGCACUUUCAUUUCUUUUCCUUUCAAUUUGGCGUGCCGUGAUAUCCCAGUGUCAUUGUAUCUUUCCAAAUAUAGUACAAGCAUGUCUUUAAUUAUCCAGAAAUGACUAAAAACUCCUUUUCAAUUGAAAUCCUCUGCUUCAUUUUUGUGCACAGGCGUGUGUUAUAGUUUUCGAUAAUCCUUUACUUUUCACAGUAAAUGACCAGACAGCACAAUACACGGUAGGAUAGACGAGCAAAUAAUCAACACUAUUGACUUGUUACUGACUAGCGGUUUAUGCUAAAGUGGUUGGUGUAGUACGUGAGUGUGGUUUUUUGUCUAGUGAGAAUGUGUGAGAUGCUUGUGUGACUGGUUGACCCUCUGCCUCCUCUUGCAUGAAGUCACUGAAUGGUCUGUACAUUCUCAAUCUUGAUGAACUGUAGAAUAGGGUUAGUAUCCGCCACAGGCCAGUAAUUGAACCUUCAAGAGGACGCGAAGCUUCUCUUUGUGUCCCUGAUACUUGCAUAUCAGAACGCGAUGAUUUAUUUUGCACAGAAAAAGAUGUAUUUUCCUGGAGACGUUUUGACAGGGAGCAGUGCAUUCAGAGACGUCCUCACUCAUGGCCUUUACAGUCGUUUGACGCGAACACGUUGUGAUUAAAAUCGUACCCGAGUAGCACAGUUAAGCACCUGGCCGUUACUCUUUUAAGCUGAUGAGCGGUCACGUUUAUGGGCGACGCCGCAGAUGCGUUUUUACAUCCGUCUGCGGUCGCGCAAGAUUCGCAUGUGCAGCGCACUUCCCGUGCCGAGUCGCUGUAAUCAAUUUGAUGAGAAAACCAUGCACUGGAAAAUCAAGUUGCAGGUUGCAUCUAUACUAAUUAAGUUUGUGUGAUGUCACUUUAAUUGGAAAUACAUACUACCCGAAUCUGAUGAAAUUAUUUGGACCUGGCUUGUGUUUCUCCAGCUACCGGUGUGCCCCUCCCCCCACCUCCUCCCUCCGAAGGACUGAUCAAAACACCAAAUUAUUCACACAAAAAAUAUACGAAUGACUGUGUAACUUCAGCCUUUAUUGUAUGCAAACCACUGGGAAGUGGUGUCAAGUGAAAAGGCUAAAAGGGUCGGUCUGUUCAAAGCUUUACUGCUCUGCUCCCUGUGCAAUUGAGUUGAAAGGCCGAGCGGAGAGAGAGGGGGAAAAUAAAAGUUUUACAUCUUGCAUCUAAUUUUAAAUUUAAUUGUAAGCUUGCACAAUUAUGACAUGCGGGGAAAGCCGGGUUGUCUUUACUGUGAUUAAUGCAUUAUGUAAUUCUUUAAAAACAAUAAAAGAAGCAGAAGUUUU